CACAGAUAAUUCCCCUGUAUUAUUUGAGUCGCCACAACAAACCUUGCAACUUUUUUUUCCCAUUUACCAAUGGCGUCUUCUGGAGCUUGGACGUAUCGAGAUCGAACUUCCGAGUUCGCGUCUUUGUCCAAAACAUUGAAGAAGAUCGCAGCAAAUACCGGAUCAGAUCAUGAAUCACAACAGAAUUUUGCUUCUUCUACCACAAAACUACUACCAACUCCAGAUCGAUCUGAAUUCAACAAGAAGGCUUCGAGAAUCGGGUUGACGAUCCAUCAAACCUUUCAGAAAAUCGAUAGGCUUGCUAAAUUGGCAAAACGAUCUUCCAUUUUUGACGAUCCAAGCAAGGAAAUUCAGGAAUUGACAACUUUCAUAAAGAAUGAUAUCACAUCACUCAAUGUCGGUGUUUCUGAUUUACAAGCCCUUCAAGACAUGGAUGUAGCUGAUGGAACUCAUUCGAAAGAUACAAUUGUUCAUUGUACUGCGAUUUGUGAUGAUCUGAAGACGAGACUUAUGGCAGCUACAAAAUCAUUCCAGGAGGCACUUACUAUAAGGACAAAGAACAUGAAAGCUCACGAAGAUCGAAAACAAAUAUUUUCUACAAAUCUCUCUAGAGAAAAUCCUUUGAAACAACCUCCAAAAACCUUAGCAGAGCCACCUCCAUGGUCAAUUCCUACAUCAGGAAGUGGUGGAAAUGAUGUUCAGGGCAGCAAUCAAUUAAGACGGAGAUUGGCUUCAGACAAUCCAUCGUCUAACGAAAUGGAAAUGUCCAUGUUACAAGAUCAAGUGGCUCCGAGACAAGAAAGUUACUCUCAGAGUAGGGCAACUGCUCUUCAAAAUGUUGAAUCGACUAUUUCAGAAUUGGGCGGAAUAUUCACACAUCUAGCUACGAUGGUUGCACAACAAGGUGAGCUUGCUAUAAGAAUUGACGAUAACAUAGAUGAGUCAUUAACAAAUGUUGAAGGUGCACAAGGUGCUUUGUUGAAGUACUUAAAUCGAAUAUCAUCAAACAGGUCUCUCAUGAUCAAAAUUUUUCUUGUUGUGAUACUUUUUCUCUGUGUAUUUAUAUUUUUUCUGGCGUGAUGUCGGUUAGGAGAGGUGGAUAUUCACUGUCAUUGUUACAUGUUGUGGGCUUAUUAGUAAUCAAAAG